AUGGCGCCGGUGGUGCUUUCUGUUCUCGACAUGAUGAGGGCUCAGCGGGCCGAUGGCCCGGCAACUGUGCUGGCAAUCGGCACGGCAACGCCGGCCAAGUGCGUUUAUCAGGCCGACUACCCAGAGUAUUACUUCCGGGUAACGAACAGUGGGCACCUCCCUGACCUAAAAGAGAAGUUCAAGAAGAUAUGUGAGAGGUCCACAAUUAAGAAGAGGCACAUGCACAUGACGGAGGAGCUCUUCCACCAAAACCCCCAGAUGUGCGCGUUCGACGGGCCAUCGCUAGACGCGCGUCAGGCCAUCCUCGCCGGCGAGGUCCCUAGGCUCGGGGCGGCUGCAGCGCUUAAGGCAAUCAAGGAGUGGGGCCAGCCACUCUCAAAGAUCACGCAUCUCGUGUUUUGCACUCGACAGGCCGUCGACAUGCCAGGCGCCGACUACCAGCUACUGAAGAUGCUCGGGCUCGACCCCUCUGUGAGGAGAGUCAUGUUGUACCAGCAUGGCUGCUUCGCCGGCGGCACGGUGCUCCGCGUGGCCAAGGACCUCGCGGAGAACAACCUCGGCGCGCGUGUGCUCGUGGUCUGCUCGGAGAUCACGGCCGUCACCUUCCGUGGGCCCUCCGCCACAGGCUCGCACCUUGACAACCUUGUCGCGCAGGCGCUCUUCGGGGAUGGUGCGGCGGCGGUGGUCGUCGGAGCCGAUCCCGAGGAGCCCUUGGAGAGGCCGCUCUUCCAGCUGGUCUCGGCGAGCCAGACAAUCCUUCCCGAGUCAGACGGCCUGAUCGGUGCCACUCUCCGAGAGGCUGGCCUUAGUGUGCACAUCAACAAGGAUGUGCCCACCAUCAUCUCGAAAAACAUCGAGAACGCUUUGGUCAAAGCCUUCGCUCCAUUGGGCAUCGACGACUGGAACUCCAUAUUUUGGGUCGCACACCCCGGCGGUCCAGCGAUUCUAGACAUGGUUGAGGCCAAGGUGAGCCUCAACAAGGAGAGGAUGGGCGCCACCAGGCAUGUGUUGUCUGAGUAUGGCAACAUGUCUAGCUCCAGCGUGCUCUUCAUUCUCGAUGAGAUGAGGAAGCGCUCUGCCGAGGAUGGCCACGGCACCACCGGCGAGGGCAUGGACUGGGGUGUCCUCUUCGGAUUCGGCCCUGGUCUCACCCUCGAGACCAUCGUGCUACACAGUGCGCCUAUCGUCGCCUCCGCAUGA